UGUCGUCAAACUGACUGUAAGAUUUCAUGACAGAGAAACGGAAUCGGACUCAGGGAGGACUACUGAAACACCCAAUUCAGACAGCAACAACGAUCUGUUGCUUCCUUUUUCUCCAAUUUUGCUAACUAUCAAUCGAAUUAACCAAAUUCUGCCUCUGUUCACAGUCCAAUUCAAUGGCGGAUUCUUCGGGAACCACGUUGAUGGAUCUCAUCAGUUCCGACCCUACAUCGGCACCACCACCGCCUUCCACGUCGGCGCAGGCUUCAACGGCGUCGCACCAGCGGUCUGCCAGCCCGUUUAGUAAACCUGUUACGGCGACGACAACUACUGACCGGAAGUCUAAGAGAUCAACUUUGAUGCAGAUCCAGAGCGACGCGGUUUCUGCUGCCAGAGCCGCUGUUCGUAUACCUCAUAAGCACAAGAAAAAGCCGGUUUCUUAUGCACAACUUGCAAGGAGUAUCCAUGAGUUAGCGGCUUCAUCCGACCAAAAAAAGUCCCAGAGACAGUUGGUGCAUCAUGUGUUCCCAAAACUUGCUGUGUACAAUUCUGUUGAUCCAUCUCUUGCUCCUUCUCUUCUUAUGCUUGGUCAGCAAUGUGAGGAUAGGACUAUUCUACGAUACGUCUAUUAUUACUUAGCAAGAAUAUUGCCAGAUACUGGAGCACAAGGUUUAACUCCAGGUGGUGGGAUUCCUACACCAAACUGGGAUGCUUUAGCUGACAUUGAUGCUGUUGGUGGGGUCACUCGAGCAGAUGUUGUACCUCGAGUACUAGAUCGACUUUCUACAGAGGCUGUAAAUCCUGAUAUUGAAUUUCAUGCACGGAGGCUUCAAGCACUGAAGGCUCUUACAUAUGCUUCUACCACUCCUGAGAUUUUGCCCAAAUUGUACGAAAUUGUAUUCGGUAUUCUUGAUAAGGUUGCUGAUACACCUGAUAAGCGUAAGAAAGGCAUAUUUGGGGCAAAAGGUGGUGAUAAAGAGUCUGUAAUUCGAAGUAAUCUCCAAUAUGCUGCCAUGAGUGCAUUAAGAAGGCUUCCAUUGGAUCCAGGAAAUCCAAUAUUUCUCCAUCGUUCUGUGCAAGGCGUGUCAUUUGCUGAUCCGGUGGCUGUUAGACAUUCUUUGGAGAUUAUCUCUGAGCUAGCUACAAAAGAUCCUUAUGCUGUUGCAAUGGCUUUAGGGAAGCUUGCCCAGCCUGGUGGAGCUCUACAGGAUGUUUUGCAUCUACAUGAUGUGCUUGCUAGAGUUGCUCUGGCAAGAUUGUGCCAUGCAAUAUCUAGAGCCAAGUCAUUAGAUGAAAGGACAGACAUCAAAUCCCAGUUUACUUCUUUGCUGUAUCAACUACUUCUUGAUCCCAGUGACAGAGUUUGUUUUGAGGCUAUCCUCUGUGUACUGGGGAAAUCUGAGUCUGCUGAUAGGACUGAAGAACGAGCUUAUGGGUGGUAUCGUUUAACAAGAGAGGUUCUCAAGGCCCCUGAAGCACCUUCUGUGAAGGACAAGGAUACUAAAGCUUCCAAGACCAGACGUCCACAACUUCUUAUCAAACUCGUUAUGAGAAGAUUGGAGAGUUCUUUUCGUAGUUUUUCCCGGCCUGUUCUUCAUGCAGCUGCUAGAGUUGUGCAGGAGAUGGGGAAAAGUCGUGCUGCUGCAUUUGCAUUGGGUUUACAUGACAACAUUAAUGAAGGAGAAGAUGUUAAUACAUUUGCUGAAAAUAACGAUCAGGAAGAUGGAAAGUCUCAAAUUGAAGGUCAUAGACGCAUUCGUUCUAUGUCAAAUGGGGCAGGUAACAAGGAUACAGUGUCAAGUCUAUUGGCUUCAUUGAUGGAGGUGGUGCGUACAACUGUGGCAUGUGAAUGUGUUUAUGUUCGUGCAAUGGUGAUUAAAGCACUUAUUUGGAUGCAAAGCCCACAAGAAACUUUUGCUGAGUUGGAAUCAAUGAUUGCAUCAGAGCUCUCUGAUCCUGCUUGGUCGGCUGCUUUGUUAAAUGAUAUUUUGCUCACUCUGCAUGCCCGUUUCAAGGCUACUCCAGAUAUGGCUGUUACACUUCUUGAAAUUGCAAGAGUAUUUGCUACUAAAGUACCAGGAAAAAUUGAUGCGGAUGUGCUACAAUUACUAUGGAAGACUUGCCUGGUAGGAGCUGGUCCUGAAGGAAAACAUACAGCUCUUGAAGCUGUGACAAUAGUUCUUGAUCUGCCACCUCCACAACCUGGCUCUAUGUCUGGGCUUACAUCAAUCGAUAGAGUAUCUGCAUUUGAUCCAAAAUCAGCUUUGGCUCUACAGAGGCUUGUCCAAGCAGCAGUGUGGUUCCUUGGUGAAAAUGCAAAUUAUGCUGCAUCAGAAUAUGCUUGGGAAUCAAGAACCCCUCCUGGGACUGCACUCAUGAUGUUAGAUGCAGAUAAAAUGGUUGCAGCUGCCAGCUCUCGCAAUCCUACUCUAGCCAAUGCCCUCACCAGACUCCAACGAUGUGCUUUCAUUGGCAGCUGGGAGGUUCGUAUCAUUGCUGCUCAGGCUCUUACUACCAUGGCAAUCAGAUCGGGUGAGCCUUACAGGAUACAAAUCUAUGAGUUUUUACAUGCUCUAGCACAAGGGGGUGUGCAGUCUCAGUUUUCAGAUAUGCAUAUUAGUAAUGGGGAAGAUCAAGGAGCUAGUGGUACGGGUCUUGGAUCUUUGCUUAGUCCAAUGCUCAAGGUUCUUGAUGACAUGUAUAAUGCACAAGAUGAUCUCAUAAAGGAAAUGCGUAACCAUGAUAAUGCGAAAAAAGAGUGGAGUGAUGAGGAACUGAAGAAGCUAUAUGAGACGCAUGAAAGGCUUCUAGAUCUUGUUUCAUUAUUCUGUUAUGUUCCAAGAACAAAGUAUCUACCCCUAGGGCCAACAAGUGCAAAACUGAUUGAGAUAUAUCGGAAUCGGCAUAAUAUUACUGCAUCAAGUGGCAUGAGAGAUGUUGCUGUGUCUACAGGGAUUUCUGAACUAUUAUAUGAGUCCAUAAAACCAGCAGCUGUGGAGUCUGACAAUAAUCUUGAUGAUGAUCUGGUAAAUGCUUGGGCAACAGGUCUUGCUGAUGAUGGCUUGUGGGGAAGCAAUGCUCCUGCAAUGAAUAGGGUUAAUGAGUUCCUUGCUGGUGCUGGGACUGAUGCACCUGAUGUUGAUGAUGAGAACAUUAUUUCAAGACCUUCAAUGAGUUAUGAUGAUAUGUGGGCAAAAACUCUUUUGGAGACUGCAGAAGUUGAUGAUGAUGGGAGGUCUUCUGGAUCUUCUUCUCCAGAUUCAGUAGGGUCGGUUGAGACAUCAAUUUCAUCCCAUUUUGGAGGAAUGAAUUAUCCAUCCUUGUUCAGUUCCAAACCAUCAACUUAUGGAUCUUCACAACCCAACGAGAAGGCAAGCAGCACAGGAGGAGGACGACAGAGUAGGAGUAGGCCUUCUGCUGGUUCCUCUUCAUAUGAGGGAUACGGUUCUCCGAUUAGCGAAGAGCCUCCUCCAUACUCAUCUCCGGUUCACCAAAGAUUCGAGUCAUUUGAGAACCCGUUGACCGGACAGGGCUCAAGUAGCUUUGACUCUCAUGAAGAGGAACGAGGGGAAAGAUCACGAUCCUCUACAGGGAAUGCACAAUCUGGAUCGGCACUUUAUGACUUCACAGCCGGUGGUGAUGAUGAGUUGAGUUUAACUGCUGGAGAAGAGGUUGAAAUCGAGUACGAAGUUGAUGGCUGGUUCUAUGUGAAGAAAAAACGAGCUGGUCGGGAUGGAAAAAUAGCUGGGCUGGUCCCUGUUCUGUAUGUUAGCCAGUCAUGAAUUCAAACUUUUUCUUUUUGAGUGUUGAGGAAUGAGGGAUUGGAUUGUUCUUUUGGCAUAUUCAUGUGAUAGGCAGGGGCGAUGAUUUUGUGCAUUAUGUGUAGAUGAAGAAGUCAGCAGUUGUGUGAUUGAUUAGUUGAUUGUUCCAUACAUAUAUGUAUUAUAUAUAUUUCAUGUUCAAGUGUGAGAUGAGAAUGCUGUUUUCCUUGACAAAACAAAUUAUAUAAUAAUGAUAAUAAUUUUAGACA